AUGAAAGAUACUAUGCUUCGUGCUGCUGCUCGGCUUACUCCUCGCGUACUUGCAACUGGCAUACAUAGACGCCGUGUUCGAGUUACGCCGGAGGUCGUGGCCCCUUCCGGAGAAGACGUCGUUGUGGCCUACUCAUCUGCAAUAGGCAUCCCGCAUGCCACUGUCAUCACGUCCGAAGUCGUCGAUCUAGCCGCCACCGACGACUCGAGCCGUCUGCGCAGAGUUGGCGAAGUUACCAAGGACACUGUUCUAUUCAUCCUCGACGGUCUCGUUCAGUCUGCAGACGCGUGCCCUCCUUUGAAGAGCACGGUCGGUGCUUUGUCAUUUCUCGUUAACCAUGUUGAGCUCGUGUCGGGAAACAAAGCGCAGAUUGGCGAGAUAUACGCUCAUAUCCAUGCAAUUGUCGCGUCGCUCGCCGACGCCAUACCCGAUCCUACGUCUAUUUCCCCUGCGCUCGAGGCUUCUCUCCGCACUUUGGCAAAUGUCGUCCAUGCGGUGUGCGUAGACAUGGAAGCCAUAGGGCGCCAACGCUGGGUUCUAAGGUUCAUACGAGCGAAAUCGCACAACGAAGAGUUAGAGGCGCUCAUGAAGCGGCUCGAACGAGCCAGCGAUGCAUUCGCCCGAACUAUAUUAACGAGUUCGGAUGUUAAACUUACACGCCUACUUGAAACUUCACAGCAUCGUGGUACUAGUACAGCCUUACACGUGCAAACAAGGUCCAUCAUAAUAUUGCCAAACUUUUUUUUUUCGCACACCUCGUUCCCAAAGUAG